UUAAAUCUCUCUAUUUGAUGACUGAUUGUUACCUGAGAGAAAUCAACGAGUAUUAACAUUAUAAUUAACUAAUUUUCUUAUUCUUUCUUUUCUCUCCCUCUCUCUCUCUGAUUGUAAUUAAAUUAAUUAAACAUGUUACAUAUAAUUGUAAUUUCUCUAAUCUUAUCUUGUGAUUUAACAAGCGGAUCAAUAAUCCGAGAAGCUUCAGCUCCUGCAAGUGGUUCAAUUGAUGAAACAAUUAACGUCUUUUCAAGUAUCGCCGAUGACAAAAAUUUCACCAGCGUAAAGCCCGAAGGCGAUGUUAAUAAAACCGAAAGUGCCACUGAUAAAGAUAAGGUUCCAGUUGAGGUUAAAUUGGACAAAGAAAAACCGGAAAAGGAAGAGGAUAAGAUUAAACCAAGUGUUGUUGACGAAUCAGCUAAGCCAUCAACAUCAACAUCGACAUCCUUAUCACCAUCACCAUCAACAUCAACAACAACACCAUCUUCAUCCUCGUCUUCAUCAACCACAACCGUUUCAAGUUCAACCUCUUCUUCAACCUCAACACCUAAACCUUUGAGCUCUGCAAAUGAAACUUCAGUGGACAAGCCAAUGGUCAUUUCCAUGAAUGAUACUAAUCCAAUCGUUGACAUGACGUUCGUCAAUAAUAACGAUACAAUGGCAAUGUUUUCAUCACUCGAUUCGAUGUUUGAUCUUGAGGGUACAAACGAUACAACGAAUAAUCUUGAUGCCUCCGGCGGAAUCUCGUCUAAUGAUGAAUUCUCUAAUUUAACCAGAAUAGAUCGUAAAUCAUCAUCAUCAAAGGUCAGAUCUAUUUCGACACCGGAAGAACUAGAGGUCGACAAUAAUUAUAAACCACCGAUAGAUUUGUUACCAGAAAAUGAUGAAAAGGUCGCACUGGUCACCAGUGUUUCGACAAUCGAUGAAGUUACUAAAUUGAUGGAAACGAAAACAGUUACUGAAGCUCCAGUCGAAGGUGAGAAAUUGGAGAUCAUUGUUGAUGAACCUCGAACUGCCGAGUCGGAAAAACAUUGGUCAAAGUUCAGUAAGGUGACCGGAUACAAGAUCAUUUGGAAAUCGGAUAAGAAUCAAAAUGAAAGGACUGCAAAUGCUGAAGAAAAAGAGGAGAAAAAUGUUGACCAUCAUGAGGACGAUGGACACAAGCAAGAAGAUGAUAAUGAUGAUGAUGAUGAUUUCGACCAAUGUGAUACAAUUGAUAGAACUGAUUAUUUUAUCGAUGAAAUCGCUGAUUUAGUUAAAAUGGAAUCAAUGUUUGGACAAAGUAACCAAAAGGUAAUUAAGACUAUAAGAUGUUGGAUUAUGGGAUUAUCGAAAAUAUUGGAAACUCAAGAUGAGGAAAUCGAUGAUUGGACUGAUGAUUCGGUUCUACCUCUGAAAGAGAUCAAUCGAUUAGAAAGGAAAAUCGAAGAUGAACAAAAUUUCAAGUGUAACUGUUCAAUUCCCUCGGUGGGCAAUGUACUUAAUAGUAUUUACACUGACCCAUUUCUUAACGAAAAACGAGUUACAUUAUAUAAGAAUCACGAUUGGUCAUCAACCAUUGGAGACUUGAGGUCAUCUCAUGUUAAAAUUAAACAUUUCUACUUUCAACUACAUCGACAUCAUGUUCAGAUUGAAAAUCUAUUCAAUGUUUCGAUAACCAUGUCCAAUAAGCUUUACCAAUGGCGAUCGAAACAAAUGGACAUUGUCAUGAACAAUUCUCGAAGGAUAAGACAAGAUCGACGACAUUAUAAUCGAGGUUGAGUUCGUAAUUUCAUAAUAUCAAUUGAACCCAUUGAAUUUAAGAAUAAAAUUGUUAUAAAAAUUAAAAGAAAAAUUUAAAUUUCCA